CGGGAGGAGGAGGCUGGAGGAGGAGGCUGGAGAGGCUGGAGGAGAAUUCCUGAACACGUAGGAGCCUCCGCGCGGCGCAGGGGCGCAGCGGAUGACUGCUCGGCUGCUCGACGAGCCACACAGUUGUCUGGCCGCGCGUCAAACUCCGGGCGACGCGCUCCACUCGUCGGAGGUUUUUUUUUUCCCCACUCACAUUUUUUUCUCCCUCCUCCUUCUUCUUGCGAACAAGGAAAACGACACGAAGUCCUUCUUUUCUCUCCGGACCGGCUGUUCACGCGACGCCACUCGUUUUUACCACAGAGGAGAACAUGCACGAAUCUGAGGGACAAAGUUCAGAACUUUAAUCAGGAAAUGUUUUGGACGCGCGCGUAAAAGCCGGUUUCAUGCGCGAUCUGCGCGAUCCAACGAUCUGGAUUCACUUUUCCACAACGGAAAUGAGAUCAGACCCAUCGGCUGGCCCCUCUGACUCCGUUUGACUUCUGGCUACAAGCGGCGUUUUCUUGAUGGGAAGAUGUUUGCUGGACUGAUGGGGCUGGAAGGUCCCAGCAACUCUCUGCUUCACCACUGGGACGUCGCGGAAGGUGGCAGAGCAUCAGGGGCAGCUGGCAGCUCCGGUCGCAAGAGGCUCCACCGAAGACCGGGGUAUAUGAGGGGAGAGCAGUCCAGACUACAGAGCACUACCUAUGGACAGGAGGAGCCGGAGGAGGAGGACGAGGAGGAAGAGGAGGAGGAGGAAGUAGUAAGGACCACUUGCAUGAGGAACGGAAUAUCUGGACAUCACAAUGAACUCACUGAAGCAACCAGCACUCAUCGGAUGAGUCUUACACCUGCUGACAAAAUGUCCUUAAUGAGUCAGCUACAGCCUGAUAGACUCACACGUAGCUCCGGGGAGAGUAAGAGCGUUAUCUGCUCUGUCAGCCAUCCUCUCCCUCGCCUGGACUGCAGUGCCGGUACUGGUACAUCCAGCCAUCAGGGACCGGCCUCACUGCCACAGAGGGAUCCCAGGUUAAGCCCAGGUUCGGCACCACGGUCCACACAGCAGGACUGCUUUAACUCCAGCUUCAGUUUCAUCCAAAAGUCGCUCGACUCCAGCCAGAGAACAGGCACAACCACUGCCACACCAGCCCGGGAACCAGAACCACUAAACCAGUCAACUAGAGCACCUAGUUCACCUCAACCAAAACCAAAAACCUUCCCCGCUGAUGUCUCCAAGCAUCCCACUCCUGUCCAAUCCCAGCCCUCCUCCGAGCUGUCACUCGCCGGGAGGUUUUGGCGGGAAUGUCUAUGGGGUGGCAGGGGGGUCACGCCCGACCUGCCCGACUGCGACUCCCCACCUCUGGACAUGGAGAUCACCUCCUCACUGUCUCUGGACUCAGACACGGCCUCCGCCUCCUCGGUCACCUCAGGCUAUGAGAGUGCCACGCCUGCGUCUGACCACGGCUGGGACAACCUGGUGAAGAAGUACGACGUCGUGCUGCAGGACUGCCUCCAAAACAACCGCACUCACACCAAGAUUGAGUCCAUGAUGUUGCAGCUGCAGAGGCUCCAGCAGAAGGCCAUUUUGGAUGAUGACUAUGACGCAGCCGAACGUUUUGGGAAAAAGCUGGAGGAGUUGUGCAGGGAGCGAGGCGCUCUGCAGCUGGGUUUGCCCUCCCGCCGGCCCAGCGUGGCUCAGUUCCUUGAUCGGCUCAGACAUGUGGUGCACAGCGCCCUCCAGAGGGCAGAUUGCAGCCAGAGCAGGGAGGGUGCAGAGCCUGACGGAGGGGAGCGGUCCGACUCAUUGCAGGGUCCACUGCAUCAAAGAGACCGCCUCGUCCGGGAGAAACGGACGGUGGAGGGGGAGAUAGCCGAGCUGCAGCAGAGGCUGGCGGAGCUGAAGGGCCGCAGUCGAUGUCUGGAGCAGCAGAUCCAGCAGGAGGAGCAGCAGCUGGAGGCUGAGGAGCUGGAGGGCUCCGUGAUGAGGAGCUGCACCGUGGCCCAGCUCCGUGACGUGAGCCGAACCCUGCAGGAACUCGUCACCUCCGAACACCGCAUGCAGAUUUCCGUGUCUCUGCCACCUUCCAUGCUCAGGCUCCAGGAGCAGGAGCAGGCAUUGAAUCUGUCCAUCAAGGAAGCCACUGCUAAAGUGGUCAUGAGUCAGAGGCUGGGAAGCAGCCUGAGGAGGAAAGUCAGUGAGACUGAAACGCAGCUUUUGGCACUGCAUGAAGCCAAACUGGCGGCCAUCUCAGGUAACGACUUCAGCAGUGCCAAGGAGCUGAAGGCUGAGAUGAGGGCGGUGUACCAGGAGCAGGGCCGGCUGGAGGCCCUGGCCAAGAGGCUGCACAGCCUCAGCUCGGGGAGCAGCGAGGAGCUGGCGAGGAUGAAGGAGCAGCGGCAGCAGCUCAGGCAGGAGCUGGAGCAGAGGGAGGCCCUGCACGAGAGCCGACUGAAAGAGAACACCACCAAGUAUAUUGAGCUGUUGGAGGACAGGCUGCACAGUUGCAUCUGUCCCGGCCUGGAGCGGAUCUGGGAAGCCGACCUGGAAGCGUGUCACCUGUUCUUGCGAGGCCUCCAGUUGCGGACUCCCAGCUGCGGGGGGGCAGACGGCGAAGACCCCCCCGCUGCAGCUGUUUAUCGUCCAGCCCAGCCGUGCACCAAAGAAGAAGAAGAUUGCGCCAUGCUGACUGCUUUAGGAGGGCGCUGGUGUCCUGAGGCCAACUUACAGAAUUCAGAGUUCACUAAGAAACUGGAGGAGUUUUUGUUCUGCAUGGAGGAUAAUCACGCAGAGGACGGGUGCAGUGAGGCUGCAGACCUGACAGAGCGCUGCGAGAUGAUCAGUGACAGACUAAUGACCUUGGAAGAUGAAUUGCAGACGGCAAUACUAAACAGGGAUCAGGCCAUCACCCAGUCCUUAGAGAACGAGGUUCAGGAAGUAAAAGCCACUCUGCAGACCAUGCUCAGGCAGCUCAAAGAGGAGGAAGAGGAAGGGACUGAGUUAAUAGAGGAUGGCCUCAUGAAAAAUGGGAUUGAGGAGGAGGAAGAAGAAGAGGAGGAAGAGGAUGAAGAGGAGGAGGACCAGUACUUCAGUGACAGCUGGGACAUUUGAAAUGGAUGCCUGUGGUGUUUAAUGACCACUCGCACACAGACCGGCUCUUUGAGACCCUGACCCCGGCUUUGCAGUCGAAGUGACCCCAUAUCCAUUUACUAUGAGUCCUCACGCAAACAACCAGCCUCUGUGGUACUGCCGAAAGUUUCCAGUACAAAGUCUGUGUAACAUUUUAUCCACAAAUGGAAAAACAUAUGAAGGAUUUUCAUUUCAAUGCUUUUUAUAUCAAUUUUAAUGCACAUUUUAGAAGUUCCUCAAAUCUUGCCAGCGUUAAUUUAAAACAGGUAAAGAGAGCACGGGUUUUCGUGUCAUGUCGUCCUAGUGCUGAACAAUUAGUUUAUUUUUCUCCUUCUUCAGCUUUUCAAUCAAUUUUUGGUCAUUAUUUGAGUUUUUGCUGAAACACAGCAACUUGUGGACACAAGUAGACACAAGUAGAAGUUAAUGAAUUAUGUAAAAAAAAAAAAAGUAGUUCACAAAGAGAAAAUCCAUACAGUCAGUGAACUGACUGACCCAUAUCUACCACUACAGUGUUUGCUAAUAUUAGAUUACAUUAGCCACCAGAAAGUAAUGCUCAAUCCCAGACCACAUAAUUCUGCAUUACCAAAAGUCCAGAGUGUACUGCAUUGAGCAACAUUGAAUUUAAUUUAUUAAGAUUGUGUUAUUUCUUCUUCCGAAAGUUACAACAUUUGAAUUUCAGUGGCAUGAAUAAAAGAAUAAUAGUACUUUUUUAUUUUUUAAACAGCAAGGCAGAUAAUCAAACUGAAGCUGAAAAAUGACUAUUCACUUGGUGAAACUACUUGUUAGAAUUUUUGCCAAGUGGACAAUUUAAGCAUCUUUUACUGCACAAACUAUACACAUAUAGUCAUUUUGUAUUUUUGCUCACUUAUGUCAUUUUGUCCAUUGAAUAACUAAUUUGUGGUGCUACAGAAUGUGAGCUAACUUGAACACUUUGUGUGUGUGUGUGUGUGUGUGUGUGUGUGUGUGUGUGUGUGUGUGUGUGUGUGUGUGUGUGUGGAAAAUGCAAUAUUUAGAUUUAUUUCCCUCCCUAGCAGUGUAUGCUUGGAGAGAUGCUCUGUACUAUAGAUAUUUAUCUAUCACAUUUGUGUCUUCUGCAUUUAGAAAAAAAACUGAAGGAUCAAAUAUCAGUGGGCACAUAAAAUGAGUAUUUGCAACUGUUGUUUGUUUGUUUGUCUCUAAUAUAAUUUUAUCUGACAAGGAUUAUGUUUUUUAUUUUUUAUUUUUUUGUGUCAACUCAAAAUAUACUUGUUCAUUCCACCGGGCGUCACUUGACGUUGACCCAUCAAUCACUUAAAAGAAGUACUGUGCAGCUUGAACUCACUGUAUCAUACAUUUAUUCUUUACAUCACCUCACUAAUUACAGCAUGUACCAUUCGGCCUAA